GAUGAAUGUACUAAUGGUACUAAUUCAUGCCAACAAACUUGUACCAAUAAUGAAGGAAGCUAUACUUGCGGAUGUAACAGUGGUUAUAUCUUACGUAAUGAUACUUAUUCCUGCAUGGAUAUUGACGAAUGCAUGAAUGGCGAUGCUAAUUGUAGCUCAUCAGCAACCUGCGUUAAUACAGCAGGCUCAUACCAAUGUGUCUGUAGCUCCGGUUAUAUGUUAAGCAAUGGAAAUUGUACUGAUAUUGAUGAGUGCGCUACUAAUAAUGGAGGCUGUAGCCAAGUAUGCACCAAUUCAGAAGGAAAUUAUACCUGUUCAUGCUAUAGCGGAUUCACACUUGGUAGCAAUAACCAUAAUUGUACCGAUGUUGACGAAUGUACCCAGACAUUACCUUGCCAACAAGUUUGUGUUAAUACACAAGGUUCUUAUUUCUGUGCCUGUAAUCAAGGUUUCCAAUUGAAUGUUGACGGAAAAUCAUGUAAUGGAUCUAUUAGUUGCAGCGCCAAUCAUACUUGCUCUUUUGGUUGUGCUGUUGUUAACGGAAAAGAUACUUGCUAUUGCGAUCAAGGAUAUACUUUAGGCAGUGACAAUAAAACUUGUGUCGAUCUUAAUGAAUGUAAUGGUAAUGGUCAAUUAUGCCAACAAAUUUGUGUUAAUACCCCUGGAAGUUAUCAUUGCCAAUGUAAUUCAACGUAUAAGCUUAAAGCUGAUAAAAUCAACUGUGAAGAUAUUGAUGAAUGUUUGAAUAGCACUUCAUGCCCAGCUACAUCCAACUGUACUAAUUCCAUUGGUUCACAUUCUUGUCAAUGUUGGCCUGGUUAUACUGGUGCACAAUCAGUAGUAGUCGACUUUAAUGAAUGCGCUAAUCCGGCUGACAAUAAUUGUACAAGCUUGCAAGAUUGUGUCAAUACCGCUGGCUCGUACAGAUGUCAAUGUAAAACUGGAUAUACUGGACAGUUUGAAAGUUGUACCGACAUUAACGAAUGUCUUGGAUCUCCAUGCCCGACCAAUGCCAACUGCGCUAACACCAUAGGAUCCUUUACUUGUACUUGCCAUGUAGGCUAUACCGGAGCAACAUGUACAGAUAUCAAUGAAUGCUUAACAGCACAAUGUCCUGCUGAUUCAAACUGCGUCAAUACAGCUGGAUCCUACAGAUGCCAAUGCAACACCGGGUAUAUCAAUCAAUCCAAUACAUGCAACGAUAUUAACGAAUGUGCUAGAAACCCUUCGCCAUGUACAUCCAGCAAUAAUCGAUGCGUCAAUACCAAGGGUUCAUAUACUUGUAGUUGCGCACCCGGUUACAGAGGAUCUGCCAAUAACUGUACUUGUAUG